AUACCACCGCAGCAAUGGAAACUGACAGCUGACUGAAUAAAUAUUUUCUCUGGCAAGUUUUUUUGUUUUUGUUUAGAAGCUAACUAGCUAGCUAGUCAAAGAUAUAAUGUUAACAAGCUACAUGCAAUUUAAAACUCAUGUUAUUAGCUAGCUAGCACCUCCCUCCAAUAACUUGGUUUUCUAGCUGUAUAAUCGCAUGGGGGUAGUUUAGCUAGCUAGCAAACUAACUAGCCAGUUACGUGAGCUGGCUUACGCUAGCUAACGUUAAUGCUAACUUUGCAAGUCAAGACAGAGGGAUUAGAUCACUAGCUAGCUAACGUUAGUUUACCAGUUACAAGCUCCACCAUGUUCCACGGGGAACGGGCUCCUCUUCCAACCUGUGGAGGCGGUCUGCUCCGCGGUAACCGCACGAGGUCAUACGGCAGUCUUGUACAAUCCAACCUUUCUCCGGUACGACAAAGACGAAUUCAACACCAAGUUCAACCAGGAGAGACGUUGCAAGGACUCGCGUUGAAAUAUGGAGUAUCUGUGAGUAGCUAUACAUUGGCAUUGCCAUUCUUCCAAAAUGUUUGAGUAUUUGAAAUGUUGGCCCAGCAGCCAGCCUAUCAAGAAGGAGUUUUCUACUGCAUGACAACUCAAAAUGGGCAAUUUGUAGGCUUAUGCUAUGGUGAUCACUUUCUUUACCUUCAUAAACCCACAUCGUCUGCAAUUUUCUCUUUUUAACAGAUGGAACAAAUCAAAAGAGCAAAUAGACUGUACACGAAUGACUCAAUAUUCCUAAAGAAGUCUCUUUCUAUCCCUGUGCUGUCAGACGACUACAGUGAUGUUAAUAAUGGGGUAGAUGUGACUGAGGAGGACUCAGGCCAGGUACAGGACAAUACAAGUAAAGAAGGCUCUACUCAAAAUGGGAAGCCAGUGAACAACUCUGAAAAGACACAAGAAGAAAUCACAUCAGAACUUUCUCCAAUGGAUUUCUUGAAAAGGAUGGAUGGUAUGAUCAGCCAGUCCAAGCAAGCAGCUGUGAAAAGAUGCCAAGAGGGAGAGAAACGGUAAAUAAACCCAGAUAAAGUCAUACCGUACGAUUCUGACCUGUCAUGAUCUAGUGGCCAGUCUAUGCAGAAAUCGCUCCGCCAUUUUCUGGUUGCAAAGAAUCUAAUAGUUUGCCUAAUUUCAGUUUGUGACGAAACAAGCAAGCAAGUAUAGUGUGGAGAAUUAUUGUACCAUCUAAUAUAUAUAUAUAUAUAUAUAUAUAUAUAUUAUUUUUUUUAAAUCCCAGCCCACUUCCCCGCAGGAGGCCUUUUGCCUUUUGGUAGUCCAUCAUUGUAAAUAAGAAUUUGUUCUUAACUGACUUGCCAAGUUAAAUAAAGCUAAAAAAAUAUAAUACAAUUGCUCACAUAGAACAGAUCUACCGCUUCUUAGACACUGCUUUAAACGAGAAUGACAGAUCUAUAACACACAUUUCUAUGUGAAUUUGGUCGGGUCACCAAAAAGUUACAUAUUGCAGCUUUAACUUUGAUGAAAUGCUAAUAUCAAUUUAAAGGAGUAGGGUGUCAAUGUGAUGAUGUCAUGACAUACCCCCCCUUACCCCACCCCCCAAAAAAAUAAAAUAAAAAUAAAAAUAAAAAAUACAUAUUGGAAAGUGGUUAUCCCACUGGCUAUAAGGUGAAUGCACCAAUUUGUAAGUCGCUCUGGAUAAGAGCGUCUGCUAAAUGACGUAAAUGUAAAUGACAUCAAUGGCAUGUCAUUAUGUCAGGUUCCCAAACCUUUUUGGCCCGCAACCCCAUUUUGAUAUAAAAAAAUUGCGCCACCCCACCAUGUAAAAAAAUGUAUGUAAUAAACGGCCAAUGUUUACUAAUUUAAAUUGGGGCUAAGACAGUCUAUUACAAAUCAGUCUGAAAGUACUUUUGACAGUAUUUCAAUCUGAAGGAAGUAUGGUUUGAAGUGACAGAAAUGCAACAGAAGGGUAUAGGGAAGUUCAGAAGAUCAUCAAGCAAUAUUUUGUAUGAUAUUCUGUUUAAAAAAAGUCUGAUUUAGUUCCUGGUCUUUUCCACUCUUUUAAUGAUUCCUCUGCGGCUUUGUGGGCAUUGUAGAGGGAAACAAAGCCUUAUCUUUGAGUGAUGGGGUCAUAAUAUUUUGUAGCUUAAACGGUUCAAAAGAUGGAGCCAAAUUUGUAGGAAGCAAACAGAAACCGAUCUGUUUAUUGCAACCGAAUCUAGCGGCAACUGGAGGUUACUGACGUAACCCCGGUUCUAUAAACCAAACGCAAUUUAAAACAAAUGUAUUUAAGUUUCUCGCGACCCCAUAGUUUGGGAAACACUGUAUUAUGUGCUUAACUCUUCAUAUAAUGCUUGAUUUAGUCAAGCUUAUGUUUAUUUCACCUGUUUGGGUUUUCCUUCACAGAUUGACAUCUUUGGAAGCAGCUUGUACCAGCAAGACAACAGACCGUCGAUUUACGAGGUCAAACAGUGUCACGGUCACCUUCCUCUCCCAGAAUGCAUCAGCAAGCCAUACUUGGGGCAGUGCCCUCACCAUCACCAAAUGCACCAAGAAACUGAGAGAAAGAGAGGAUGAGAUCUUUGAGUUGUGAUUUAAUUGCCUCUGUCAGGCAGAUCAUGGGACACAUGUACUAAUGCAAAAGUCAAAGGGAUUGACCUCCAAGCUAAUCUGGCAUUACAGAUUUAGGAGAGUUCUGAUUUUCACUGAUGAGUAACCUGCUGCUCUAUGGACUAGGUACUUGAAAGUUGGUCCUUAGCACUGUUGAUAUAAUUGUUUUUUGCUGGGAGGAUGAGUUUCAUUUGGACAUAUAAGAAGACUUCUUAUUAAGCAAGUAAUUAACUAUUACCAAGUUAUUUAAAGUUGUAGUACAUUGAUUACAUAUUAUAUAUUUGCCAUGUCCAGAACAGCACUGUCUGGUUGUCUGUUUACUACAGAAAAUGAGAGUCAGAAUGUGGUACUUUGUUGAGUUGUGUUUGUAUGUUAGUGUGAUCAUGUAACUCUCCAAGUUAUGCGCCUUUAAAUGUAUUUAUGUUUGGCGACAGGCGCUAGAUCAUGUGAGUUAUCCUACCUCGUAGUGUCUUAUGCAAUGUCAGAAAUGUGAGAAAUAUGCAAGUCUUGGAGAACCAAUAGAAGUUGACUAUACAUUUUUUAUUUAUUAUUGAAGCCAAUGUGAGUUGGCAUAGCCUAGUCUUCAUCGGGUGUUUGUGACAAUUAUGCAAUGAUGUACAUAUUUAUUUUUAGAAGAAUGCUGAGCAUUGCACUUUCUUUAUCUGAUCUUGGCACUAGGUUGUAGUCAGUGGUAAGGUUGCCUUGGUAUUUAAUUUAAUUUAUGGAUGUAUUGUUACAGUACCAAAUUGGCCAUACUCAAUCAUAGUGAGGAACUUGUUGUAUCUCCUUGCUAUUUCUAGGGAAAGGCAAAACGAUAUUCCUCUGGUAUAGUUUCCUUUUUGUUUCACACUGUAAACUUUUCUGCUGUUUAAAUAAAUCCAUAGGUGUAGUUGCGACAUACAAGAUACAAUUUAUUUUGCCAUAGUUAUUUCAGAAACAUCUGGCCUGGUUACUUGUUUUGAUAUGUGAUGUUACUGUUGGUUCACUAGUUUUGUCCCUAUUUUACCCAGGUAUUUCCAUUUUGCCCACUACCUACAGUACCAGUCCAAAGUUUGGA